ACCGCGCGCUCCCUGAGAGACUGAACCCAGGGCACAAAUCCUCUCGUUCAACCGUGUGACCCGGAAGAGGUUGCUAGCGAGCGACAGAGUUUCAUUCAUUAAAUCAGAAACCUUUCGGAUAAUUUAUCAAAAGAAGAAACACAAUAAAGUGCGGAUUAUACAUCACUGCAGAAAUGUUUUACCAUAUUUCUUUGGAGCAUGAAAUCUUGCUACAUCCGAGGUAUUUUGGUCCCAACCUCCUCAACACCGUGAAGCAGAAGCUUUUCACAGAGGUGGAGGGUACUUGCACUGGCAAGUAUGGCUUUGUCAUAGCAGUCACCACCAUUGACAACAUCGGAGCAGGUGUAAUCCAGCCAGGGAGAGGAUUUGUCCUCUAUCCAGUCAAGUACAAGGCCAUUGUGUUCCGCCCAUUUAAAGGGGAGGUGGUGGACGCUGUGGUCACUCAGGUUAACAAGGUUGGAUUGUUCACAGAAAUUGGUCCCAUGUCUUGCUUCAUCUCUCGCCAUUCCAUCCCCUCAGAAAUGGAGUUUGACCCUAACUCUAAUCCCCCUUGUUAUAAGACAGUUGAUGAGGAUAUUGUAAUCCAGCAAGAUGAUGAGAUCCGGCUAAAGAUUGUUGGAACAAGAGUUGACAAGAAUGACAUUUUUGCCAUUGGGUCCCUCAUGGAUGAUUAUCUGGGUCUUGUGAGCUGAUUUGUCCCAGAGGGAGCACUUUUCACACAGGACAUUUUAUGUAGUAGUCUAGUUAUUCCUUUGUUGAAAUUAAUAUUUUUCUACAUGGUGGUGAAGCCCCAUAGCUAUUUUAUGUUGUACAAUCUACAUUUCUCAGUUCUUAAUGAAGCUGGUGUACAAUUCAAAGAAAAUGUAGCCUGGAGAAUGUUUGUUGAAGUGACCACAAGAUUGCAUUGAAUGCCGAUGUAGCCCAUAUUAUAAAUUUACAUUCUCUUUCAUGGAGAAUUCAUCAUUUCUGUCUCAUACUGUUUGUGUUGUUUUGUACUGGACUGCAAUAAAGUAUUUUUAUUUGUU